CAUAAUCGGCGAUAGGUCCGGGACUUUUUGCAAUUGGAGGAUAGCUUGUUCAUGUUUGCCUUUUCUCUUCGGUCAAAAAUAGCCAAAAAAAUAAAAAAGGAAACGCUUUGGCGACGAAACCACCACACCAAACCAAAAAAAGUGAGCGUUUCAAAGAGAAGACUCUGCAAACCCUAAUUAACCAAUCCACUCUCUUCUCUUCAAUUCAUUUUUUUGUCGUAAUCGAUUGUUGUUUGCAGACAGUGCAUGGACUGGUUUGUUUGGUUAAUUGAGCAACCGCUGGUUUAAAAAAGUAUUGAAUUUUUAGGUACUGAGUUUCUGGUUUUGGGAGAGUUAAAAAUAAUGGAUUUAGCGACGAGUUGCAAGGACAAAUUGGCAUAUUUUCGUAUAAAAGAGCUUAAAGAUGUCCUUACACAGUUAGGUCUUUCUAAGCAAGGGAAAAAGCAGGAUCUUGUUGACCGAAUAUUAGGUGUUCUUGCUGAUGAACAAGUUCCAAAGACAUCAACGAAGAAGACUUCUAUUGGAAAGGAAGAGGUGGCAAAAUUAGUUGAUGACAUUUACAGAAAAAUGCAGGUUUCUGGGGCCACCGAUCUAGCAUCUAAGGGUCAGGGCGUGUUGGAGAGCAGUAAGACAAUUAUUAAAGGAGAAGUUGAUGAUGAUCAUUUUCGCUAUGAUACAAGAGUACGUUGUCCAUGCGGUAGCUCAUUGGAGACUGAAUCAAUGAUUAAGUGUGAGAAGACUGGAUGUAACGAAUGGCAGCACAUAGGUUGUGUUAUAAUUCCUGAAAAACCAACGGAGGGCACUCCUCAAGUUCCUGACUUGUAUUAUUGUGAGAUUUGUCGGCUUGGCUGGGCUGACCCCUUCUGUGUUACUAUUGCACAUCCACUUUAUCCCGUCAAGUUGACCGCUACUAAUAUUCCGGCUGAUGGUUCAACCCCAUUGCAGAGUGUGGAAAAAACAUUUCAUCUCACUAGGGCAGACAAGGACUUGCUGACAAAACAGGAUCAUGAUGUUCAGGCUUGGUGUAUGCUUUUGAAUGAUAAGGUUCCAUUUAGGAUGCAGUGGCCUCAAUAUGCAGAUUUACAGGUCAAUGGUGUUCCUGUUCGUGCUAUAAACAGACCUGGUUCACAGUUAUUGGGGAUUAAUGGUCGUGACGAUGGUCCAAUUAUUACACCAUGUACGAAAGAUGGGAUAAACAAGAUAUGCUUAAGUGGAUGCGAUGCUCGUAUUUUUUGUUUAGGAGUUAGAAUUGUAAGGCGACAAACUGUUCAACAGAUACUCGAUGGGAUCCUCCGGCAGAGUAAUGGUGAAGAUGGUGAAUGUUUUGAAGACGCACUUGCUCGAGUAUGUCGCUGUGUUGGUGGUGGAGCAACAGACAAUGCUGACAGUGACAGUGACUUGGAAGUAGUUGCAGACUCAAUUGGUGUUAAUCUUCGCUGUCCAAUGAGUGGUUCUAGAAUGAAUGUUGCAGGAAGAUUUAAACCUUGUGCUCACAUGGGCUGUUUUGAUCUUGAUGUUUUUGUGGAAAUGAACCAGCGUUCAAGGAAGUGGCAGUGCCCAGUUUGUCUGAAGAACUACUCAGUGAAGAAUGUAAUAGUCGAUCCAUAUUUUAAUCGUAUAACUUCUAUGAUGCGGCAUUGUGGUGAAGACAUAACUGAACUUGAGGUGAAGCUUGAUGGUUGUUGGCGCGUAAAAACUAAAACUGAAGCUGAACGUAGGGAUGUUGGUGAACUUGCACUGUGGCACAAACCUGAUGGUUCUUUGUGUGUGUCUAAUGGUGGAGAACAGAAAUCUAAAGUGGAAGUGGAAAGACCUAUCAAACAGGAAUAUACAUCAGAAGGUCAUAAUGGUACUGGUUUGAAACUUGGAAUUAGGAAGAACCGCAAUGGCUUUUGGGAAGUAAGCAAACCUGAGGGUGUAAACACCUCCUCUUCUGGCAAUAGAUUACAAGAAAGGUUUGAGAACAUUGAGCAGAAAGUCAUUCCUAUGAGCAGUAGUGCCACCGACAGUGGUCGAGAUGGUGAAGAUGCAAGUGUUAAUCAGGAUGGUGGUGGGAAUUUUGACCUCACUAACAAUGGGAUUGAACUUGAUUCUUUGUCUUUGAAUGUAGAUUCAACAUAUGGAUUCCCUGAUAGAAACUUUUCUGCACCGACAGGAGAUGCAGAAGUUAUUGUUUUAAGUGAUUCAGAUGAUGAUAAUGAUUUGUUGUUGACAUCUGGUACUAUUUACAAAAAUAAUCAAACUGAUGAUGGUGGGGCUGCUUUUGCAAUGCCGCCUCCUGGAAUUGCAAAUCCUUAUCCUGAAGAUCCUUCAGUUGGGAAUGGUUUAGGUUUUCUAAAUCAUAAUGAUGAUGAGUUUGGUAUACCCCUCUGGCCACUCCCAUCUGGAAGCCAACCUGGCCCAGGGUUCCAAUUAUUUAAUUCAGAUGUUCCAGAUUCCUUAGUAGAUUUGCAGGGCGGUCCUAUAAACUGCCCCAUGUCGAUGAAUGGAUUUUCUUUAGGUCCAGAGACUGUUAUGGGAUCGGCUAGUUUAGUUGCUGAUUCUUCUGCUUGUAGAUCUGGUAGUGACAUAAAUGAUGGCUUGGUUGAUAACCCCUUAGCAUUUGGUGGUGAAGAUCCCUCUCUUCAAAUCUUUCUUCCAACUCGGCCUUCAGAUGCUUCUGCGCAGUCUAGUAUGAGGGAUCAGGCUGAUGUGUCAAAUGGUGUUCGUAGGGAGGAUUGGAUCUCUCUUAGCCUUGGCGGUGGUGGUGCCACCGGCAGUCAUGGUGACUCCGUUCCUGCUAAUGGAGUGAAUUCAAGACAGCAGGUGCCUUUGAGAGAUGGUGCCAUGGAGUCUUUGGCUGACACCGCUUCUUUGCUUCUUGGUAUGAAUGAUGGUAGAUCUGAGAAGGCAAGUCGGCAAAGAUCUGAUAGUCCUUUCACAUUUCCUCGCCAAAAACGUUCAGUAAGACCACGGCUGUAUCUUUCUAUUGACUCGGACACGGAAUAGAAAAGUGAAGCCUUGUUUUCUGAGAUUAUUGUUGGUUUAUUUUGAUAUUUUUUGGGGGACGAACAUUUCCCAGGUUUGUGUUAUGAAGGAAAUCAGCAUUAUCCCUGGGAAUUUGAUGGUUUGGAUGAGGCUUGAGGCAUUUUAUAGUAGUCUUAGCACCCGAAGAUAUUUUCUGCCAUCUGUGAGGUGUAGGCCUUACAUAUGCCCCUUUUUCAAUUUUGUGCGGGAUAACCUUGGUUUCUAAUGUUCUUUGUCUAUCAGGGUUAUUACAAGCAUUCAAACACAAAUGAUCGUGAUGUCCAGUGCUAGUAAAUUGUACAGUAGAUAGACAUUUGAAUCUGAAAUCUGAAUUAGUCCAACAGUUUGGUCCAAACCUUUGGAUUUAGCGGGGAAGCCCGAGUUAGUGACAGUAGUAUCGAUCUUUUUUGGUCUCUGUUUAAUGCUGAGAGCAAAUAGCUUGUACAUGUUCUUCAGAUUCAGUUAUAUUAUAAAAAGAAUAAGAAUUUUUUA